AUGCAAGGAUGGCGCAAAAAUAGUUGUCCUCGAGUACCAAAGACAAUUCAAGAAUAUGUUCAGUUGUUGAAUUCCCAGCGAUGGAGAUCUCGUUUCUUUUCAAAUGAUAGCAAUUUAGAUGUUAGCAAUAUUAUUGGAACUGAUGGAUCAGUAGCUACGGUAUUUAUAGAUGGAAUUAUGCUGCAAAACUUUACAAAUGUAAAUCUCUAUGUGGAUGCAACGUAUAAAGUAUGCCCAAGACAGCCAAACAAAAAAAUUUAUCAGUUCUUUACUAUAAUGGCAUCUUUCGAUGAUACUGUGCUUCCCGUGGCUUGGAGUUUUAAGUCCCAUAAAAGUAUGCCCUGUUACCAUUCAGUAAUGAAUCGUUUCCAGCAAUUAACACCACACCUUCAAGUUUUGUCAAUAACAACUGAUUUUGAAGUCAGUUUAAGAAAUGUCCUUCGUGAACUCUAUCCGAAUGCCGUUUUAAAGGGUUGUUAUUUUCAUCAUGUCCAGGCGUUAAUGAAAAAAGCUGAAAAGAUUAAAUUGCUGGAUGUAUUAAACGAUUGGGACGAUGGACAAGAUUUUUUUCGAAAAUUAAUCACUUUAGCAUUUGCGUUUCAUGCAGCUUUCCAUCAAUUUCUUCUUUACUAUGAAUCAUAUUGGUUGAAGGUAAUAAAACCAGAAAACUUUUCUGUAUUUGGGUGUAGAGACAAAACGAAUAAUUACGUUGAAGCAAAUAACCGUCGAUUAAAUAUGAAAUUUGGUGUGCAUCUAAGCAUUUGGAAUUCUACAGAAAAACCGAUGGCCCUGUAUCAAAAAAGUAAAACUGAGCUAUAA